AUGGCGAACAAACCCAGCAUGCUCCCGACGGUCGCCAUCCUAACCGUGGCGGUGUUUUUGCUCAUCACAUUUUGGCGCACCAACAUGGCGAUACCUGACUACGUCUAUAAUCCUGGGGCCGACUCUACACCGCAUUCAAAAGGGGAUGCACAUGUCGCUGAGCCCACCACUGUUACUGGCGCUGAACCUACCACCGUUACUGUCACCGUCACUGCCACAGUCUCAGCUCUACAGACCCCCGCCACUGUCACCCCCUCCAAGGACAAGCCUCGCUACAUCUUCGUCGACCUUGGCGCCAAUCGCGUCGACUCGCUCGAGGCGUUUCUGCAGCACCCCGAUGCCAAGUUCAAGUACGACUUUCCCUCUCCGGGCUGGGCCACCCAUGAUGACGCUGAAAUCUUCCUCUUCGAAGCCAAUCCUGUCUUCAACGAUGCCCUUGUCCAUGCCAAGCAGCAUUACGCCGGCCUCGGCAAGGACAUCACUAUCUACCCCUCCACCGUUGUCGACACCAAGGACGGCAUCCGCACCUUUUACCUCGACGACGUCAACACGGACCACGACUUCUGGGGCUCGUCAACGUACAAGAAUCACCAGGAUGCCGUCGCCUCGGGCGCCAAGGGCACCGAGCUGUCCGGCAUCAACAUUUCGCGCUGGUUGUUGAUGAACACGCUCCCGCACGACUUUGUCGUCGUCAAAAUGGACAUUGAGGGCGCCGAGUACGACAUCCUCCCCCAUAUGGCAGAGAUGCGCGUGUGGACAGUCGUGGACUACCUGCUGGUCGAGUGGCACGACAGCUUGCCGACCAACGAGGCCCGGCAGACGGCCGUCAAGGCCAUGGAGAAGCUGAAGGAGGAGGGGGUCAGCUGCCCUAAAUAUGAUUCUCCCGCAUAG